AUGUCGGACAUCUACACAAAGACCCACCAAGCGGUCAUCGCUUUGUCCGCUUUGGGCCUUCUUCAUGCCGGCCACGGAGUUCCGGAAGACUUAGUGCGCCCUUUUGUUGCAGCCUUCAUGGGCGGUAUGAAGGAAAACUGCCCAGAUGAGUCUAUACACGAUGGGCUCUGGUGGACGUUGGAUCUCAUGGGCAGGAUCCUUAUCCGAACCCUGGCAGAAGGCUCCACGCCAGUGAUCAUCGCCAUCAACAGGAACACAUCCAAGGCUAUGAAGCUGGCCGUGGCAAACUAUCCUCGUGGAGAGCGCGAGGUGGUCUUGCUGACGGUUCAGGUGGGCACCGAAUCGAUGUCUCCUUUGAUUUGGGCAGUGGAGAAAGGAGCACUGGAGUCUGCUAAGGAGAUCCUCAACGAUUUGCUCACCUUGCGUGCGGACCGCGCCCGGUACUACUACGGAAUGGAGAUGCUGUUCACCCGCCACUCGGACAUCAUCAGCCUGCUUUGCACCAAGGCGCCAUCGCUCCUGCCGACGGUUUUUGAUGGACUCAUCUGGCGGUCCAAGAAUGUGAAGAAUGGCAUGCGGCGCGCGAACUACUACAUCGCGUCCUUGCUCAGGGGCGAAGAUGGCCAGCUGACAGAUUCCCUCCUGGACCUGAUCAAGCAAGGAGACCCCGAGAUCAUUUGUCAUCCCACGGUGGUCUUUCAGGAGCGGUUCACCACCAUUAUCUGCCGAGCGAUCUUGUACAUCGGCAGCCUAGGGCAGCUCUUCGCCAAGCAUGCCUACCAGACAUACAGGGCAGUUCGCCAGAAGCAGAUGACACGCCUUUGCUGCUUGCCGGUGCCCAAGUACGUGCUGCAGACACGCCAAGAGUUGACCGAAGUUGCACUCAUGCUGCUCCUGAUGUGUUUGUUGUGUUGCGAGCCAGUGCUCCACUGCCUUGCUGUCAGCAGCGAGCUGCUGACAAACUGCUGCGAGCACGGGGAAUGGCAAUGCAAUCUAAUCCAAGUUUACAACCGCCUCGCCACCUUUCCCAUGGUUCUCUACUUCGUUCUUACCUCUGAGUUGGUGCACCUGAAUGUCAGUCUCUCCGUCUUCAGCGUGAUCUGCUCGUGCCUCAUGUGGGAGUUCAUGCUGUAUGUAGCAGUCCUGGCAUUCUUCGCGGCGGCGUUUGCAUCGGCAAUUGCUUGCUUGCCUCAAGCUCUGGCCGCUGAUUCGGUUCACGAACGGGACUUCUCCAGUUGGCCCCUGGCUUUUGAGUCUUUGCUGUCCUCUGCCUUCAAUGUCUAUGACAGUGACAACUACGAGCAAGUCGCGGUCGCAAAUGAACCGAUGCUGAAGUGGUUUGUCAUGGCCUUCGCCGCAUGCUGGCACGUGUACCUCAUGAACCUCAUGGUGGCACAGCUCUGCCAGCGCUACAACGAAAUCUACCACGACGCACGGGGCAAUGCUCGCCUGACCCGUGGAACCAACAUCUACGAGACCUCCAUGCCCCUGAUUUCCAAAAAACGCUGGACAGCGUUCGUGGAGUCCUUGCACUUGGACGAGGCUUGCGAACUCGAUGAGGGCGACACGGGCCCCCGCGGUGCAGUUCCGACCACCGAGAGCCCGUACGACUACUUGCAGUAUCCCAAAGUGACGCUGGAUCGCGUUCAGCGCUAUGGUGGCCUUGCUCAUCCAAGGCUGCCGUGGCCAUCCCUCGAUGAGGCUGUGGACGACAGUGCCGUCGGCAAGUUAACACGCAUGACGCAAUCCAAGUUCGAGGACCUGACAU